AUGACGUCCUACGGUGCGCCUGCCGGCCGCUAUCCCGGCAGCGAAGACCCAGCCGGUGGACCUUUCCCAUCCGGCAGCCAGUCGGCCGACUAUGGACAGAACUGGGACGCGCGGUACCUGCCAGAUGAGCGCACGGGCAGCGAGAAGCCGUGCAGGACGCUCUUUGUCCGCAACAUCAGCUUCGGCACCAAGAUCAAGGCCAUGCGAGAGCGGUUCGAGCAUUUUGGCGAGAUCAAGACGUUCUUCGAGCUGAUUGCGCGGCGAGGGAUCGUGUUUGUCCACUACUUUGACAUCCGCGCUGCCGCUGCGGCCAAGGAGCAGCUCCACGGCCAGUUCUUCGACGGACGCCCCGUCGAUAUCCACUAUUCGCUGCCGCGCGAAGAGGACAAGGCGAAGCGCUGCGACCGCGACAAGAACCAAGGCACGCUCUUCACGCUGCUCAAGCAGACGCCGCAGCGCCUCUCGGACGACGACUUCCGCCAGGUGUUUGGACAGUACGGCGAGAUAAGGAGUGUGCGGGCGUACAAGAACAUGGCGAAUGCACGCUUCGUCGAGUUCUUCGACAGCCGCGCCUGCCAGAUGGCCAACGAUACCCUCAACGGGCAAGUGUACAGGGGAGGCGAGUGGGAUGUCAAGUUUGCCUGGGACCUUCCCAACGGCGACGAGAUGCGACCUGCUCCGCCGUUGCCUGCUCCGGCGCAUCGGGCGGGCAUAGCUGCUGGCAGCGAGAGCGGCGGCCAUUCCGCACACGUUAUAGAAGGCGGCCAGCAGCAGCAAUGGCCAGCAUCGAGCACUGGCGGCGGCGGUGUCGGCGUCGGCCAAGCUCCUUUGCCCCCUUCCGGGCAGUACCCAGCUCCUUCUGCUGCGCCGGCAACCGCCUUCGGUGCGGCGGCACAGUCGCCGGGAGCAUGGGGCACUCCGCCGCGCUCUUUGUCCGGCGCAAGUCAGGCCCACUUCCUGUCAGGCCCGCCGCCAACGCCGCCGACACCUUCUGCAUUGCCAUCUACCUUCCCGCAUCCCCCGUCGGGCCCUCGCUCGCAGCAGCAGCCAACACCCCCGAGAAGCGCUUCUGUCCGGUCGGCCUCGUCGCCACCGCCUCCGACGCAGCCUCGAGCGUUUGGCGCACAUUUUACGCACCAGACGAUGCCGAUGGCGACAAAUGGCUACCAGCCCGAUCAUCGACCCCAUGCGCCGCCCUUUGCGUCUGCGUCUGCCGCUGCAGCGUCGACACCGACCCCUUCAUCAGCGAAGCCUGCGGCAGCCUCUGCCGCUCAAUCGCCCUCUUCAGGGCAGUCGACGAACUACCACUACGGCCGCAAUGGCAGCGCCAGCUUUGAGCCUGCGCAGCCUUCGACGUCGGUUCCCCUCUCGAGCUCCGCAGAGACGAUCCGCUUGGAGCAGGCUCAAAAGGUGCAGCAGCUGCUGGCCUCGCUGGGUGGCGGCGCCAAGGUCGCUGCUGCGGCCGCACCGAUGCCGCCGGCAAGCUCGCCAGCCGCGACUGCGGCUCCUCCACCUGUAUCUGCGGCGCCUCAAGAGCCUGCGGUACCUGCAGGCUUGCCUGCCGGUCUUGCGGCCCUGCUUGCCCAGGCAUCCGCCGCCAGCACGACGACGACAACCGCGACGCCUCCGGCAAGCCAGCCCGUCCCGCAGGCUCCGACUCCUGCUCCGGCUCAAGCUACGCCCCCUCCGCCGCAGGGACACGAGUCGAUGCAAACACUCUUGAAGCUUCUCUCGCAGGCGCGAGGACAGAAGCAGCAGUGA